UCGAUCUGUCCCGGCGCCGUUUGGAUCGUUGCGGCGACGGCUUUGUCGGUCUUCAGCUCCGCCACCUACAUCCUGAAGGGGUAUGAUCUCGUGGCUGGUAUGGAUCUGAACGCCCACCCUUUCCCUGAUCAGACUGGUACGAAUUCUCUGAGGUAUGCUAGGAGAAACACCACUGUAGUGAUGCAGGGGCGGGGACGGGGAGAGGCCAGCAAGGGUUCCCCUGCCAAUCGCUCGCUCCCUCAACAAUUCGUAGCACAGUGUGUACUGUAGAUGCCUAAUGGCCACGGCUAAUUGCAUAAUUAGCCCUUACGUAGACAAAUAAUUAAGCAAUCACAUACGUAGACAAAUAAAAUAUGCACAUAGGUUGUGUCUGACUAUAGUUUUGCGAUGUGCCAAUGCCUAAUCCACUAAUCAGGUCGAUCCAUUGAUAUACGUGCGUGUUCUACAUUUUUGCUAGAUCGAUCCAUUGACUAUUGUUUAAAUUUGAUCAGACUUUUUGAGAAACUAGAAGCAAACGGCGCGCUUUGCUGCACCCGCUCCAAGCUUUUUAACAUGUCUAGUUUGCAAUCUGGGCACACGAAACAAAUCUGGGCUCAUUUGGCUCCUUUGUCAUUUUCUUUGAUUCCCUAAGACUAUCAUGAUCAAACCCAACUCUGCUUUUCGAUUCGAUGCAGCCGAUCUACUGUAACAGUUUCGCCUGCGAAAAUUGAACCAUUAGGAUAAAAAAUGAUUGAAAUUACUAACAGAGAAAAUGCUUAAGAUUUGCACCAUCACCUGAUGAUCCUAUGUACUUUCAAUUUCCCUUCUGUUUAGGGAAGCAGUGAAGAUCAUCAGGUCCUGUACACUUUUCAACUUAAACCUGUCCUGAAUCCUUAUGUCGACAGCGUUAUAUCUUAGUGUGGGUGUGGCUGGACCCAUGGUCUUGUACCUCAUCUCUCUGUUUUAAGUUAUGAUAAGCUGAUAGUGCAUUGACGUGCUACUGUGUACUUCUCUGCCCUCUCCAUUCACAUGUCUAUUGGCAAAUUAAAUUGUCCCUGUAGUCAUUAGUUAAUUUGUCUUUACUUGUAAUGAUUUAAUUGACAUUUUUAUAUAUAACUUAGGAUGGCGACGGACAUGUUGACCAUAUACCUGCACUAUGAAGAUACAAAUUAGGAAGCCAAAAUUUUACAAAGAUCCAUGAUGAGACGUGAUGUCUCGUAUUACGACUUAAUCUUGAUGAUCGAAGAAGUUGGCUUUCAGGCAAUUGACUUUCUGUACUAUGCGAAAAAAUACCGUCUAGGCAGCUCCUACUUAGUUCACAUUUAUGAUGAAGGUCUUGUGAUGAAAAUGUUGUCCGACCCUGAGAUUGUGAAAGCUGUCCAUCUGUAUGUGUCUAAGGAGAAGGCUGACGAUCAUAUUGCUCCGCCUAGCAAGCAAAUUGAUGUUGCUCCAUCUAACCAUCCAAAUGAGAGUGUUCUCUUACAAGACGGUGGUGUCUCUGCUGAAGGGGCAGGGCAACUUACUAUGCAAGGGCCGCAAAGACCACCACGUAGGUCAAAAAGGUUGAAUGUGAUUCAGGUUACGGACCAACGUGAUGAUGAAGAUGGAGACUGCAACAAUGGUGAGCAAUUCCCACAAGGUCAUGAAUCACAAGCAUUGGUCGAUGAAGAGGGUCAAGUUCACAAUCAAGACAAGGAAGUACGCAAGCGCAAGAGAACAAGCUUGCCAAUUGUCUGGAACAUGCCAAAGGGGCAGAGAAUAGUUGUGAAAUGCAAUGAAGAUAGCCAGCCUAUAGGAGAUGAAGGUGCAAUCUUGGGGAAGUUUCUGGGCACGAUUGCUAGAAAUGGAGGAUUUUGCCCACUAAACAUAAAUAAUUGGCGUCAUGUCAAAAAUAAUAGUGGUGAGGAAACAAUAUUGCAGUACGUACAGGUACUUCACAAUUAA